AUGGCGAGACAUGCACGGAAGAAACAGAAGACAGAGAAGCCCUCGGAUGUCAAAGGCACUGUUCGCCCAUUAGGAUCUGGCAGUAGGCUUUUAGACGAUGCUACCAAAGAUGAUGAAGAGAGAAGACUCGAGAGCAUGCUUUUUGGCACUGCUUAUAUCCCUGGGGAAGUACAGGCUGAUGGUGUCCUGGUUGUAUCCGACGAGGAGGAUGCUCCAAAUAAGGAGUACCAAAACCUACUGGACACAGACCUAUUUUUUGUGGACGAUGCUGCCGGUGAGCGUUCCGACGCGGAUCGCGAUGCGCAUCUCGACGUGCGCAACGACCAAUCAGACGACGACGCAUCCAGUCGACAUUCCGAUGCAGAAGGUCAAAGCAAGGAUAGCAGCGACGCUGAAGACUCCCCCAGUGAGUCUGAAGACGAACCACCCACAUGGUCGAGGCGAGCAGGCAAAGGGCCUGCAUGGGAGGAUCCAGACGACCCUACGCUACAGGUUUCCCUUGCGCAAGACAAACGUCGGCGGAAACUCCGCGACGCAGCUUCCGAAGACGUAGUCGGAGGAAGAGAAUACGAGCGUAGGCUUCGCAGGCAAUUCGAGAAGAUCAAUCCCACUCCGGACUGGGCUGCCAACGCGCGGAAAGGGAGCGGCGCCAAGCAAGCAAAGCGGCGGAGACCAGCAUCCUCGUCCGCCUCGAGUUCUGACGAAGAGGCUCUUCCUGAUCUCUUGACUGACACCCAGGGCACACUACAACGGGGGAAGUCGCAGAUCCUGGCUAAGGGCACUCUGUCCAUCGAGCGGCUGCGCGAUGCAAACCUUUCUGCAAAAGCUGAGGGCGAGAUUAAGGUGGUGCAGUUCCAUCCUUCACCACAGGUCCCCGUGCUGCUUACCGCUAGCUCUGACCGGCGGUUGCGGCUGUUCAACAUUGACGGUCAUACAAAUCCUCAUCUACAAACUGUUCACGUUCCGUCUCUACCCUUCACGACCGCUCUCUUCCACCCUGGUGGCGGCUCUGUCCUCCUGACGGGGCCGCGCCCGUUCUACUACGUUUAUGACCUCCAGUCUGGCGCGGCGCUUCGCUCGCCGCGAGGACUUUGGGGAACUACAUUUUCCAAUUCCAACGCCGCUGCACAAGACGCGAGCAUGGAGAUCUGCGCGUUUGACCCGUCCGGCGGGGUGCUCGCCGUCGCAGGGCGUCGUGGGAACGUGCACCUUGUCGACUGGCGUGGUGGGCAAGGACAGGUCGUGGGGAGCGUAAAGAUGAAUGCGGGGGUGAAGAGCGUGUGGUGGGGAGGCGCGAGCGGGACUGAGCUGAUGAGCCUCGGCGAGGACUCAGAGGUAUAUGUGUGGGAUGUAGGUGAAAGGCGCUGCGUCAAACGGUGGAAGGAUGACGGCGGUUUUGGCAGCCAUCUCAUGAGUGGCGACAAGGCCGGACGGUAUUUCGCAACCGGGUGA